CCCAUGUCCCAUGCCAUAAUGUUGAUUUUGCUGAAGUGAAAACAAAAAAUUUAACGAGUUAGAUCGUUUUGAAAAUAAAAUAUAUUUUUAUUCUAGUAUGUCGGAUAGGAAUAAAAGAGCAACGCCUAAAUUAGAAUUAUCUAAUGAAAACUAUGAAGACUCAUAUGAUAAUAUUUUCCCGGAAAGAUUUAACUUGCAGGGCCAAAGGAAAAAUAGUUUUGAUGCUGAACAGAAUAAUAAUUGUGGUAGCAAGCCAAAAUGUAUUGGCUUAAUGCAUCCUCCAUCAAGCACAGCAAAUCUAGCACAGAGCAGGUUAAGCAGGCUCAGACAUAACUUACAAAAAGAUUUAUUAGUUAAGCAGCUAACUCCUUCACCUCCCACAAAAAAAAAUUAUGACCCUGGUACAAGUCAGGAUCAAUCCAAUUUUCAGAGCCAUAAUGCAGACCAAAUGGAAAUAUUGUUUGGAAGCUGCAACAGUUCUCCAACAAGUUCUAUGUCACCACCAGGAAAGAAAUAUGUUUCGCCUUUACUUAGAGACGACAUAAGUUACAAACGCCGUUCAAAUGAUGCUUCUGAUGAAGUGCCAAAUAAAAAGAUCCUUAUUGAUCCAAUGAUUGCACCAAAAGUAAGGAAACCUUCUAGCUCUACUUCUUCUGUUUCCAGUGGUUCACUGAAUGAAACAACUCAAAUAAAGCGCAUAAGGUUAAAUAGACAUCGUUUUCCGUUAGAUGAAUCUAAUAAAAAAAGUAGCGGUGUUCCUAAAACUCAUAUUUCAAAAACACAAAACAAAGCCGACAGCUUUAAACUUAACCGUAUCCGUCAGACUACUGAUAAUCAGAUUGAAACAAAUAAAACCAGGAUAGAUCAGGAGGAAAUACCAACAGAUCAGAUAGUACAUGAUCUGAAAACUAGAGAUCUGUCACCAACAAAGACUUCAUUUGAUAUCUCUAAAAAUCAUAUUACUGUUGUUAAAGAAUCUGACCCUAAACGUAGGAUAAUCAAAAGUCAAUCAAAUCAACUUUAUGUUAAAUCUCCUUCUGAGUUAAACAGUUUACAUAACCUGACCAAAUCUGAUAGUAUCCCAAGUAUAGGUUCAUUUCAGUCACAGCAAUCGUGCGAAGCCCUAAACAGUUCUAAAGAUGAUUCAAUUGAUUCAAGAAGUACUAAGGAUUUAAAUUCAUCGUCAGAGGAUAGUGAAAUUUCCCGUCAAAAUACCAAUAGGUUAAAAAGAUCUGGCGAAGCUUUGUCUAAUUGUGUAUACACUUUGGCUCAAAAUAGACUGAAUAAAGUCCAAAAAGUUGUAUUAGAUACCACAAAUUGCAAUAACGAUUUGAGUAAGCCACAAAACAACCAAAGAAAGGCAUUUAAGUUAAAUAGAUUGGGAAAAAGAGGUGCAAAAACUCCACCAGAUACUGCCGUACUUAAUGCCGAUUUGGAAGAUCCGAAUCGGGAAAAACAGAAGAAAAAAGAUUCGAAUAAGGAUGAAACUAAGUUAACAGGAAGUAGAUCAACUUUUUUUGACCAAUUAAGUCAGGAUGAAACUACCCUAAAAGAAAGUAGGUCAACAUUUUUUGACCAAUUAAAUAAGGACAUAAAUACUUUAAAAGAAAGUAGAUCAACGUGUGUUAAUCAAUUAAAUAAGAACGAAACUAAGCCAACAGAAAGUAGAUCAAUAUUUUCUGAUUCGAUAAGUAAGAACGAAGCUAAAUCCACUUAUCCACAAUUAAAUAUGGACAUACAUUUAACAGAAAGUAGAUCAACGUGUGUUGAUCAAUUAAAUAAGAACGAAACUAAGCCAACAGAAAGUAGAUCAACAUGUGUUGAUCAAUUAAAUAAGAACGAAACUAAGCCAACAGAAAGUAGAUUAAUAUUUUCUGACCCGAUAAGUAAGGACCAAGCUAAAUCCACAGAAAGUAGUCAUUCUAACAAAUCCGAGAACAAAGUAUCAGUACAAAGUCGACUUACACGCAUCAAGCAAUCUCCAACGUCUGCUUCAAGUGGAGUUGAUCAUAAAACUUCUCCUCUAAGUGGAAUAUAUGAAACGGAAAAAUCCAUUAGAUAUCCUUCAAACACAAGGAACAGAUUGACUAAACAACAGGAACCCAAUUGUGAAAUUCGUGAAGUAUCUUCAAGUGACCACAAAAAGGAGAGUGUUAAAGUAAUUCCGCCGAGCAUAAAUAACAUUAAAAUUAAUAUAGAUACCGUGAAAAAUAGCAGAACUGUUUUAAAUUCUAGUAAUGUACCGGAAAAAUUUACUUCCCCACGCAGGACAGCUCAAAGUGUAUUUAGAAAGAUUGGGAAAACUACAACGAGUGUCCCAAGUGUGCAUAUGAGGCUAGGUAGAACUUUUAAACGUAAUAUAGAUACAGAAAAAGAUCAAUCUUCUUAUAAGAAUAAUGCUAUUACUGAAGAGUCAGUUAAGAAUUUCAAUUUUUCAUUAAUGAAUAGUGCUAACGCUGAGAAAACUCAAUUUAUCACUUCUUGGAUUAAGAAACAUCAUAACCUUCCAGAUGAAAUAGAUUCCGGUCUCGGUCAACUCGACGAUGAAACUGAUGAUAUGGAGUGGAGCAAUGCCGAAGCUGAAACUGAUGUGCUAGACAAUCAAGCGUUGGAUGUAGAUAUGGACUUACCGAUGGGGACAGAUGCAAAGUCCAUAAAAUCUUCAAUUAUAUCUGAGGAUAACAAAGAGGAAAACACCAAAGAAAAAGGGCGGUAUUUGUGCAUAGUGGUAGAUACUAAUGUUUUUAUUUCAGAUUUGAUGAAAAUUAGGGAUAUUAUCGAAUUAAAAGUUUCAGGGCCAGUCAAACCUCUUGUUUACAUUCCGUGGAUGGUUAUAACAGAGCUCGAUGAAAUGAAAGACCGACCAGGAGAUAAUUCGUUGAAAAAUCGAGCUCUUAAUGCCAGUAAGUGCAUUAACGAAUUAUUAAACGUAAAGGAACCUAGAGUUAAAGGGCAAACAGUUAGUGAAAUGAGUGAGCAAAAACAUAUCGGACUGAGCCAAGACGAUAAAAUUAUUGGUGCAUGUUUGCAGGCAGUGGAAAAAUAUGAAAUGGUGAUGUUACUAUCAAACGACAUCAAUCUGAGAAAUAAAGCAAUGAUUAACGGCAUACCAGCCGUUCAAUCCAACGGAAUUAUCAUGAAAAUCAUGUCAAAGAUUGCAAAAGAUACCAAGUAUCCGCAGAUAAUGCAAAAGUUGGGUAUCUUGUGCUCCACAAUCAUCUGCGAAUGUGUCAAGGAAGCUUACGGUGACGUCUGGCUGCAGAUGUCUAUGCUAGCUCAUCCUCCUUGGUCUUUUAUUGAGUGCCUGAAGCGAUUCAAGAAAUAUUGGACGGCAGUAUUUAAAGGAAAACUCAUGAAACAGUUCAUAACGACAGUAGAUAGGCUGCUUGAGUUGUUCAAUUUUAACAAAGAUUUCUGUGAUGAUUCGGAUACUUACCAGAAUUUCGUAAAGUUAAGUCUCGAUCUGUGCAUAUUCCUGAAGGAUCUGGAUGAUUUCCGAGUGUCGGUCAGUAAUAUUAUAAAUGAAAUAACGAAAAUAAAAUAGAAGCUCAGAACAAGAGUUCGGUUAUGAUGUAUAAAUUAUGAUAAUUAAUUGUAUUUUUCAAAUCUUCUAUGUUAUUUUUGUACAAGAUUUUAAUUUAGUUAAGUAA